AUGGACAUAUCUAAAAGUACAAGUGUUACUAGAGAGAGUUCGAUCGAUCCGGAAGAGCCAACACGCAAUAAAAGCAGGAAUAGUCGAAGCAUCAGAAAAUCUAAUGGCUCUAGGGGAUUUAACAAGCGCACACAAAAAAAUAAAGUAGUAAAGGUUACAAAUAAAUCCGUUAAGACAAAUAAGUCACGUAACAAAAAUAAUGGCAAAGAGCAAAUGCGAAUUGUAAAAGAAAAUGCGGCCAGAGUAGUUUAUCAACAAGAAGAAACACCACGGGAAGAAAUCCCUUACACCGAAUUUUUACCUGAUUUGAAAUUAGACGAACAACUAGAUAUUAUUCAUUCAUAUUCUGACAUUACUGAUAAUAAUGUUCAUAUGAUGUCGCAAGAACUUUCACAAUUGCCAAAUACUGCUGCUUUACCAAAUCAAAAUGAAUAUAAUGAAUUUAAAUUAGUGCAAGGAGUAGGGAUCUUAUCUGACCAUCAGGAUAAUUUGUCAUAUAUUAAAGAAAACUCAAGUUCGGGAACUACACCGCACGAGGAUAUGGACGAAGACACCGUUCAAGAUGAUGAGCAAGAUCGGCAUUCAGACAUCGAUCAAGCUAUUGAUAUUCAAACAGAAAUCAUAAAUGAGCCAAUGGACUUGGAAUAUUCAACACCUGCGACUUCAGAAACCGCCACGGUGGCAAUAGAUAGUUUAGUUAUUAUGGAGACUGUCUCUGAAUCCAUACCAAAGGAGCCUCCAAUACAUUCCUAUCGACGUAUUAAUUGCAAAAAAUUCGAAAAAGAACCAUUUGUUAGACCUGAAGGUCACUAUAUUCGUCAUGUCGAAUUGACCGAAAAAGAUCUUGUAGAAAUAGUCGAAUAUGACAUGGAUGAACAAGAUGAUUUAUGGUUGAAAGCAUUCAAUCAAGAAAGAAAGAAAGAAGAUCUCGGCGAACUUACAGCUGAUGUUUUUGAAGCUUUGAUCGACCGCUUGGAGAAAGAAUGGUUUGAUCUGACAAAAAACCUGCCAAAGGGUCAAGGAGAAAAGGAAAAUCCAGAAGACUCUACAUGUGCGAUUUGUGAUGAUGGUGAAUGUGAAAACUGUAAUGCCAUAGUAUUCUGUGACGGCUGCAAUCUUGCUGUACACCAAGAUUGUUAUGGUAUUCCAUAUAUUCCUGAAGGUCAAUGGUUGUGUCGCAAAUGCAUCGUCUCGCCAGAAACUCCAGUGGUAUAUAUUUCAAAACGUGGUGCUUUCAAAAAAACAAAUACAAAUCGCUGGGCGCAUUUACUUUGCGCUUUAUGGAUUCCAGAGGUCGGAUUAUCUAACCCUGUAUAUAUGGAGCCUAUUGAUAAUAUAGAGGGAAUUCCACGUGGCCGAUGGAAAUUGAAAUGCUAUAUUUGUGAGAAAAAGAUGGGUGCAUGUAUUCAAUGUCAAAAUACACACUGUUGUACAGCAUUUCACGUUACAUGUGCAAGAAAAGCGAAACUUUGUAUGCGAAUGAAAUUUCCGGACCCCAACAGCGAUGCUAAUCAAAUGAAGGCGUAUUGUGAUAAGCACACACCGCGCGAUUAUAGAGAACAAAUAGAUGUUGCCCAAACAGUUGCUAAAGCACAGAGUCUUUUGAUCGAUCCCGUACCAGUAGCCAAAAAACUGUCUCGUAAAACACGGAAGCGCAAAGAAUCAGAUAGUGCAUCGUAUCCACGAAAAACCAUUAAAGUCAAUCCGCAGGAAUCAGAAAAACGAUUAUCUAACAAAUCUAUAGAGAGUUCGAAAUCUGCGCGUGCAUAUAAUCGGUCUUAUAUGGAGACGGCCAUAGUUGCACCGACGAUUAUAACGGAUAGGCUGUUACCUGUUUUGUCAAUGCAUAAAGGACAGCUUAGAAAGAAACCAGAGCUAAUUGCUACUAUAUGUAAGUAUUGGUCAUUGAAAAGAGAAUCUAGACGUGGAGCUCCAUUAUUAAAGCGUCUCCAUCUUGAGCCGUGGACUGCAUCUGCAUCGGCUCACAAGCAAUCAGAGGAAGAAAAGAUGGCUAAAUAUGCGGCUAUGCUGGAUCUUCGUAAAGAUUUAGAAAAAGUGAGGAUGCUGAUCGAUUUGGUACACAGACGUGAGAAAGAAAAGUUGAAGCGGAAUAGAUUGCAAGUUAAAUACUUAGAAACCAUAAUUUUCCCGCUCGACUAUAUUAUUGGACCGGUUUUGGACACUAUUUCAAGUUUGGAUAAAAAUGAAAUUUUUGCGAAACCUGUCUCGUUGGAGGAAGUGCCAGAUUAUCUUACACACAUUAAACAUCCAAUGGAUUUUGGAACGAUUCGGAAAAAAAUUGAAAAUCAUGAAUAUAGUCUCGGGUCUGGUAUGCAAGGAUUCAAGGAUGAUGUCGAAUUGACUCUCCAGAAUGCUAUGACCUAUAAUACGUCUAACACUAUUUAUUAUAGAGUUGCUAAAAAAAUACGUCAGCAAUUCCAGACAAUAGCCGCACAAAUGGAGAAAGAUUAUACUGAGUUGCAGAUAGAUCCUUCUAAAGGAAUUCUGAAUGUUGAGAUUCAUCCGGAAAUAUUUACAUAUAAUGAUAAACCACUUAAAUUCGAAAAAGAAGUCAAAUCUACUUCUCGUUCAAAUCGUAUAGCUAAUUCGAAACAUCAAAAUCAUGAUGUUUUAUCUCGUCACCUAUUAAAAAAUCGAGAAACAAGAUCUACAAUUCGGAAAAAAAAUGCCAAAGACAAGAAAAAAUUAAAUACAAAUGUUGCUAUAAAUCGAAAACCCAGAGCUCCUAAAGGAUGGGUAUAUUUAACUGAUGAAGAAGGAGGAGAGGAAAAGGAAGAACAUACGCCAAUUGUUGUAGAAAAUUCAAAUCAAAAUCCUACUGAUAUUGACGAAGAUAAAGCCACAAUUUCCUCUCGAACUAGGUCUCGAAAAGACGGUUCAGCAAACCCGUUAAAAGUGGAGAAUGAAAAAGGAGGGUCAACAACGAAAUUAAGCAAGUCACAGAUAGAAAGACCUACAAGAGGAACAAAACGGAAAAUAGAGAAAUCUACAAAAGCAGAUCGUGCAGAUAAUUAUGAAAUAGUAGAUAUGACACCUGACAAUUCAACAAAUGAAACAACUGCAUUAAAGGAACAAAUACAGUUACAACUAUUGAAGGCAAAGGAAGAAGCAGAGAAGCCAGCUGCCACUCGUACUCGAGCUCGAAGUCAAAAGAAGAACGAAGAUUUAAUUCAAAACGAUUCUAUAAAAAAAAGUCAUUCAUCUGCGGCAGAGUCUAACUCAGAAAUAGUACAGUCAAAUCGUUCUACAACUUCCGGCGAGCUGUCGAACGUUCCUUAUGGUAGCUUGGUCUGGGCAAAAAUGCAAGGCUUCCCUUGGUAUCCAGCUGAGGUGGCGGAUCCAAAUGGACCUGAAGUUACUGAGGCGAUCAGAUCAGACAAAAAAGAAGUUAUCCUUAUUGGGGAUGAACAAACGGAUUUGGCAAAAUUAAGAGAUAAGACGAUGUCACCUACAAUGAAAAAGGAGGUUCCUAAAGCAUAUGAAGCGGCAUGUAUGUCCCAAGGCAUUGAACCUGUCGUUUUACAACAACUUUCGGUAGUUCCUCUAAAAAAACAUAAUCGUAAAUAA